AUGGCGGCCACGGGAGAGGAGGCUGCUGCGAUGGACAGCAUCUCCAGAGUUUCCCUGGCCCAUCCCACCGUCCUCAGCCUGGGAGGGAGCUCAGAACCCCGAGGAGAGCCUGGCGAGACUACCUCUGAGGGCCAGGAGGUUGUGCCUGCGGCGCCCAAGAAGCCCAUCAACAGCAGUGAGUGGUGCUCGCAAGCUAGCUUCUAGCUAGCCCUUGAUCAUGACUCAGUUCCAUUACACCGAAGAGUCAUUGGACUAAGGGGUCUUCAGGGGGAGGUUAAGAGCCGAUAGCCUCGGUCUGAAUAACAUAAAGAACUUAUCUUUCAGAUCGGCGAGAAAUGACACAUAAUAAAAAAGGUUACGUUUAGGGUUCCCAUGUGGCCAUAUUUCCAUGUUACAGCGCUUGUUUACAGAAAACGGAUGGAGACAGUGGACUACCUGUACUAAUUAUCUGUAUCGCUGAACACUUGUGUGUAAAUGUAAGACAGAUGCCACAAACAUGUUUUCACUAAAAAAUACUGUCGGCUGCAACUGUUAAAAAUAGUGUACAGUAAUUGUAUGUAUUUUGCAUGUAUUAUUUAUUUUUGAUGUGAUAUGAAAGAGGGUUUUAUGUUUCUAGAAGCGUACCGCAAUUUAAUCGAUUCACGUUUAAAGAUGGUUGGCUGUUUUGGCUUCCAAAGUCAAUACGCCCUCUAAUGGUAACAGAUCUACAAACACAGAUGGACGAAUAGAGACGUCCUGGAUGCAUGUUGAUGCGCUGUUUCUGUUUUAGUUAUUGAAAGGAAGAAGAUUAGAAACGUAGCUAGUUAGCUAUUUGAUUGCUCUGUGGCCAUCUAUCUGCUCAGAUGAGUUUGGUGUUAGUACCUUGUUAUGUUGCAACACAUUAGAAUGCAGUAGGCCUACUAAGGGAGUGGCAAAUUCGUCCUUCCUCCUUGGAGGACUUUGAGACCUGUUAGUUAAAAUCUGAGUGAGUGGCCAGCAACAUCAUCAGGAGGUGGGAUGUUGCUCAGAAAUGAAUAUGGUGUAACUACUAUAUGUCUGUGUGUAGGUGACGGUGGGGUGGAGACUGCAGAGGAGGCUGUAGAGCCAGCAGAGCCAGACAUCAAUGAACUCUGUACAGACAUGUUCGAUAAGAUGGCUGUCUUCCUACAAGGAGAACUCACUGGUCUGUAUAUCUGUCUGUCUUCCUGCAUGUCUGCUUGUCUCCCUCUGUCUGUCUCUCCAUCUAUGUUGUCUAUACAGGCCUAUAUAGUCGCAAACUAUAUACUGUCUUGUCUUCAGGAUAACAACAACUGUCAUAAAAAUCUCCUGUUGUGGAGAAAAUCUCAUUCUCAUGCUCCCCCGUUUUCCUCCUCUCCCAGGCACCUGUGAGGACUAUCAUCUACUGGAGAACAUGAACAAGCUGACCAGUCUGAAGUACAUGGAGAUGAAAGACAUCAGCAUCAACAUCACCAGGAACCUGCAGGACCUCAACCACAAGUGUAUGUUUAUUAGCCCUUCAAACGUGAAGGGGAUGAAAUUCACACAGAAAACAAAAUAUAACCUUAAUUUAGCUGACUUUUUUAUUUUUAUUGUGUGUGUUGCAGACGCCAGCCUGCAGCCCUACUUAGACCAGAUAAAUCAAAUAGAGGAACAAGUGUCAUCUCUGGAGCAGGCCGCUUACAAACUGGACACCUACUCCAAGAAGCUGGGUAAGACAGACACACCCACACACACAGAGUAGCAUGCCUGUGGAGACACAGACCAUAUAGUCAUAUUGCAGGUCUAUAUUUAUACCAGGGCUGUAAGGGGAGAACAGCCUACUGAGUUCCAGUGUGUAACCCUCACCAGACUGACUAGGGAGAAGAAGUGGUCGAUAUAAAUACAUAUCUGUAUUCUCAGUCUGAGUCUCUAUGGCAUCUUUAUUAGCAUGUGUUAUCAGACUCUAUUGCAGAUGUACUAAUAAUAGCCAUGCUCCAGUGUUCAGCUCAACAUGAAUGUUAGGGCUUUGAUUUGGGACAGCCUGAGAACACCCUCUGCUGUUUGAGUUUACCUCUCCACCCUGAGCUCCAACAGCAGAGAGCGCUAGCACACUGUCCCAAAUCAACAGCUAAAAAUACACUUCCCCUGGACACUUCUCCUGUGUGUGUGUGACUUGGCUGCAGGAAGUUGAGUUCAUCUCUUUGUCUGUCUCUUUGCAGAGGCCAAGUUCAAGAAACUGGAGAAGCGAUGAGGAGGGUUAUGGAAGGAUAAUAGGAGGAAGGGGGGUUGAUGGAGGCCUGAGGUGUACUGGUCCUCCUUCACCCCAGCUGUAGACCAAACCUAACACAUAUGAUCUGAGGAAGCAGACCCACACCUCUACAACAUCAGCCUGAUAUAGAGAGGUAUAGGGCAGCCUGGGGUUGGUUGGAGGGAUAUCCCAGAUGUUACAUCUAGGAUUAUCAUUUUGGUUGGAUCGUUAAAGUUGCAUCUUAAUACCAGGUGUAGAUGGGGCUUUGGGUAGUUCAUGUCCAUAUUCUUGUUGGUAACAAUCCAGGUCACUCUGUUAGUCCUGUCAAAAUUGCAAUUUGCUUCCUGGAUUUACUGAGGUUAUCCCAAAUUGUCCCCUGCCCUGGUGCACACUACUGUAGAAUCACCACCCUCCUUCUAACCUAGGACUU